UGAUUGAUUAUUUUAUUCAAUGGGGAUGUAUUCGUUUACAGAGACACUAAUGAUGGUUACGUGAUCUCUUUUGUUUCGCAGUCUGGUUGAAAACCCAAGUAAAAACGCGAAAUAAGCAUCAUUCAAACAUUAUCCUUUGCUAGGCUCAAAACUUUAGCCUGUUCAAGGCUCUCGGUCAGUGGGGACGAUCGAAAAAGCGGGCGGACGACGAGCAGGGCCUGGGACUGUUCCCGCUCGUCGCCCGCCGGCUUUUUCGAUCGUCACCACUGACCAAGAGCCUGGAACAGGCUAUCGGAACGUUAGCUGGUAAUGAAUCUUUAGAGAUGGUUCCUGUAUCAAUAUUGCUUUCAGUAUGAUGAGUUGCAGCAGAAGUCUUUACUAGCUGUGGCAGAGUUGACAACUGUUCGAGAAGAGAAAAGAACUUGGUCCAUAAAUGUCGAAAAUCUCAGAUUAGAUCUGAGCCAGUGGCAGUCCAAGGUAAUAUAGAAAUUUAUUACAUGGCUUGUGUUCGGAACCGAUAUAACGCUUGCUCUGAUUGGCUCAUCCUAAGACAUUACUCUCCCGUAAUGCCGACGGACUUAUCACGAGCCUGCAAAAACAAAGCAAAAAGCCAACUUAUUGACGUCGAUCGUUCGGUCUUACGGGAAAAUCUCAAACCUCGGCCUUGCCGUAUUGACCGAGCGAUAGCGAGGUCAAUAGGGCAAGGUCUGGGUUUGAGAUUUCCCAUAAAGACCAAACGAUCGAGGUCAAUAAGUAGUUAAUAAUUUAGUUUCCGCUUUUGAAGAUCUUUGACCAGAAUGUUGUUUUUAUACUAUUGGCAAUGCCUUUGUGUCAUAAGCAAUGCUUUUAUAUGCUCUGAAGAGGGACUAGUUUCCGCAGAAAGGGUUUUACUGCAUUUUCGGGUGACUCAAAUCACUUUCCUCAUUGUCAACUUGAAAUGACUAAAUUAAGAAAAAAAUUAAUAAAUAAAUAAAUAAAUAAAUAACAGCAAACACAACACUAAUGCGGUGUAAUACGGUCAAAACUGUCCUUGCAACUUGCAGUGCAACAUUGUUGCAUUGUGAGUGGUAAAACGUUUUUACGCGUUUUGUACCCUUGUUGCAAGUUGCAGCAACAUGCUGCUGAAAGUUAAACCCUUGUCUUUUUUGCGCAGUAUGAUUUUGCAACUCACAUCAGAGGUAGUACUCUUCAACUUGUAAUGCAGCAAUGCAUGAUACACAUCUACUUAAUUAAAAGAAAAUGUUUCCCGUAUCACCCAGCUUCGACCUUUGGACUAGAUAUUUGAACAUAAACUGGCGGGUCCUGCACUUUUACGUUUUCAGUGUGACGAGCUGCAGCAGAUGUACUCAAAAGAUUGGGAAGAGUUGUCAAAUGCCCGAGAAGAAAACAGACAUUUGAGCAUUGCUAUCGAAAAUCUCAAGUCACAGAUAGGCCAGUGGGAGUCUAAGAAUGCAAGCUUGUUACUGAAAAUUGAAGACUUAGAAAAACUGCGAGUAGCCGACAACAGGAGGUCUGCUGAAAUCAUCGCUCAGAGAGAUGCUGUCAUCAAAGAACGCAACCAGUGGAUUCUAACCAACCAUGAAUACGAUGAAGAACUGAUGCCCGAAGUGAAGAAAGCGCUGGACUCGGAUAUUAAAGAUUACAGAAGGAUGAUAGAAGACGAAGAAGGAAGGUGUGGUAACCUAAACAUGCCCGUGAAGCCUUAUAAUCUCAAACAUAGGUUUUGUCACUUUUCAGUGUAAUAUAAAAGUACGGUAAAUGGUUUUUUUCUGUCGGUGUUUAUUGCACGUUUUAUUAGAGAGGAAACUGUUACAUGCUUUAUUUUCUACUUUCCUCAAAUGGCGUCAGCUAACUCUUGUUACGUUAGAAUUUGAGAACAUCGAGCAAAAUUAAACUUUUCUUACUUUGCUGAGUAAAAACCUUCCCAUGAGAAGAUUUUCCGACUUUCCACGGGGCACAUUCAAAGACCAAGUAAAGUACAAAGUUUCAGUCAUCAUGAUAACUGUCACCACCUUAUAUUUGUCUUUUCGCAAUUAAGCAGAUGAAUAAUAUGAACACAUUUCCUUUUUACGGGAUAACUUUCGUCGAAUAAAUUAUUUGUGGACCUUUAUCGAUAAUAAGACAUAACGAAAAUAAAACUCACGCAAAAGUAAAAGACUACCUUUGAAUCGUAAUUGGCUAAAAAUAGGUAAACUGGUACAUCGCGUAGAAUGGCCGGACGUCAUUACUUAUUCAUGAGCACCGAAGCGGCAAGAUUUGAAUGCGAAU